UUUUUGCCAUCAUUAAUUAAGGGUGUCGAGUGCAGCACCAGGCAGCUCGCAGUGCAGUGAUCCGCAGCUUUGGUAUCCACGUCUGUGACGUCACACCCGUGUGUGCUUCUUCUGGACUUGACUGAAGAAGAAGAUGGCGGCCUCCUCAGGAGUUAAAGUUCCACGCAAUUUUCGCUUGUUGGAAGAGCUUGAGGAAGGGCAAAAGGGCGAUGGUGAUGGCACAGUCAGCUGGGGCCUGGAGGAUGACGAUGACAUGACUCUCACACGGUGGACAGGCAUGAUCAUUGGACCAGCAAGAUCCAAUUACGAGAACAGGAUAUACAGUCUGAAAAUGGAAUGUGGACCUAAAUACCCAGAGACAGCCCCGACUGUUAAAUUUGUUACAAAGAUUAGCAUGAAUGGGAUAAAUAAUUCCAACGGGAUGGUGGAUUCACGUAGCAUACCAGUAUUAGCAAAAUGGCAGAAUUCUUAUAGCAUUAAAAUUGUUCUUCAAGAGUUAAGGCGUCUUAUGAUGUCCAAAGACAAUUUCAAGCUUCCACAACCACCAGAAGGACUAAACUACAGCACUUAAUCAUAAUGGAUUGUGUCGACCCUCUGUCUUAAACCUUACUCUCUUAGAAAUAUUGUGUAAAAUCAUCAAGAGGCUCACUUCGCACAUCAACAAUAUCAUCUGCAAGAGCAAGAUUGGACUUUCGUAUUGCAUAGCUCAUUCAAAAUUAUGUCCCUGCAGUUAAGCACUGUAGGGUCCACAGUUAUCUGCCUUUAAUAAAGUUACUUUGACAAUGACUUUUAUGUUUGACCUGUUUCAGCUUUGAGUGGGCUUGAAGAAGGAAGCAUGACACCACACUGAGGUUGUCCCAAUAGUUUUUUGUCCAAACAACUGAUCACUGAAGUAAAUGGCAAGAUGUGCAUACGGAGGCAUGUUCUGUAACUAAUACCUAGUCAAAGAGAAGCCACUUUUUUGAGUUGUUCGUUAAAUUUAGCAGGUUCAUCGAAAUACCACGCAGAUUGCUGAUCAUUAAACUGUGGCUGUAGUCUAAAAGUAGUGUCACGGGGCGAGAAAGUUUUUUUUUUAUAAAUAUAAAAAUAUAUAUAUCUGUAUUUGACACAAUACCAAUAUGUUUCUGUUCUGCAGCUCUUUGACAUGUAACAGACGUUGAAGCCUGUUCUGUUCUGAAACCCUUGCAUUUAACUUCUAGUGAAAAUGGCAGGUGUAUGAACUUGUGAUUUUCUGAAAUUAAAAUCACUGUCUGCGACAAAAGUAA